AUGGUAUUGCUGAGUCCCACUGCGAGAGGAAUUCGGGAGAUGCUGAAGGUGUGUGAGAGAUACGCUGAUUCGCAUGGCCUGACAUAUAAUGUCAACAAAAGUGAAAUUAUGAUCUUUAAGGCCGCUGGUAAGUAUCCCGAGUCCAUACCUCCAAUAUACCUCGGCGGAAAGGAGCUGAACAGAGUAUUUAAUUUUAAAUAUCUCGGCCAUAUACUUACCGACGACCUUAAAGAUGAUCUAGAUAUUGAACGGGAGCGGAGGGCUUUGGCGGUGCGAGGUAAUAUGCUGGCCCGCAGGUUCUCACGUUGUACGGAUGAAGUGAAGAUCACACUCUUUAAAGCGUUCUGUCAGAAUCUGUACACGGGCGGCCUGUGGAUCAUCUAUACCAAAGCAUCUCUAAACACCCUUCGCAUCCAAUAUAACAAUAUCUUCAGGAUGAUGCUGAAACUUCCCCGAUUUUGUAGUGCAUCCGAGAUGUUUGCACAAGCAAGGACGGAUGGCUUCCGGGCACUCAUGCGCAAGAAAGCUGCAUCUCUAAUAAAUCGCGUAAGGGGAAGUGACAACAGCAUCCUGAAGAUUGUGGCAGAUGAUCCGCAUGCACCUAUAUUAAGGAACUAUGUGCGGAUAAUGAACGAAUUCGAGAGCAGACCUCCAGGAUAUAUUCGCUCAUAG